CUGCGAGUAUUGAACCGCUGCACAGCCGCACUUGGCAUGUUUGCUUUCAGAAAUGAACGUGCUUCUGUUUGAGCCAUUUAUUGAGGAAUGACAUAGGAGCGCGCGGCGCCAGCGAGCGCCGCUGGGGCUCGUCAAACAGGCUCGGCACAGUGCUCAAAUGCCGAAACUAUUCAAGUUGCUUGCAUUUGUUUCGCUGCUCUUUUGUAUCACCGCCCAGAAUGGCGGUAACGGCAGCACCGAGGAUUUCCGCUGCGCCUUGCGCUCACAGUGGCAACUCAGGUCCAGUUGCGAAAGCGCCUCCGAGGGCGCCUCCAGCAGCGGUAUGAGCGGCGGCCUGCUCAGCAGCGUGCGCCUGGCGGUGGCGUCGACGCUGCAUGCAUGCGUGGGCGAUGACAACCCCGGCAGUGAGCCACGGCCGCUUCGCAUCGUCACUCCUGACUUGAGCGCGCUUCAGUCAUUGGGGAAGAUCCUCAAUGACACCUUCUCAGAGUCCACAGGCAUUCCCGUCACACUGGAGAUCAUGAGCCUGGCCACGUACUUCCAACAGCGGCAGCCGCUGUUACUGGACUCGCGGCCGCCCACCGCAAACAGCAGCUACGACGUACUCAUUGUCUCCGUCACGGGGAUGGGCGACGCCUCCCAGGUGCCCGGCAAGCUGGCGGACCUGACCUACCUGAGCCUGGGUGAUGACGGCUGGGGCAAGCUGCCGCAGUCCUACAAGAGCUCGGCGCUGUACGACAACGCCGUGCGCGCGGUGCCGCUGCUGACCUUCCCUUUCAUCAUGUACUACCGCCUGGAUGUAUUCGACCGGGACAAUCUGACCGUGCCGACGACUUGGGAGGACUUCACUGCCCUCGCCGAGCGCUACCACAAGGGCCCGGACGGCCUCAACGGCGCAUGCAUGCUACCCGUUGGUUGCCGGUCCGAGUCAGUCUACCUCCGCGUCAUUCUGGGCGCCUACGUGCAGACACACGGCCCCAGCUCGGGCCUCCUGUACGACCCAGACACCCUGGCGCCGCUGCUGAACUCGGAAGCGGGCGCGCAAGCACUCAAGAUUUUGCGGCGCCUCAAUGCGGUGGGGCCCACGGAGCCGGCGACACCGACAUGCAUCGCGGAGUACUUCACCCGUGGCCAGUGCUUGAUGGCCGUCGCAGAUGCCACCCGCUUCAAGUACUCCAACAUCGGCAAUGCUGCCAACCGAGUGGUGCGGGGGAAUGUGGGCAUGGCGCUACUGCCCGGGUCCACACGGGUGCUGGACCGGCCCAGCCGCCGCCUGGUGCCGUGCGACGCCAAGCGCUGCCCGCUGGCAACGGAUCAGGCCCUUGACCCCACGGACGGAGUGGUGCGGCCCCUCAACCGCGUCAUCUACGUGGCCAGCAGUGUGGCGCUAGUGAACGGCCUGUCGCCGCCGCAGUACCAGUUUUACGGCUACCAGCUCUUCUCCAUGUUGGUCACCUCGGACGUCUUUGGAGAGCUGCGUUAUCAGGCCAACGAGCUACUGCCGCUGGAGCCGGGGAAGAUGAAUCCGGACCACGCGGCGGACUGGGUGUCCCGUGGUUACGACCCCGGUGACACGGCGCGCUUUCUAGACGUCAUCGGCCGCAGCGCUAGCAGUGACAACGCGGGCAUCGACCUGCGCAUACGGAGCGUCGCCAACAUCACGGCGGCGCUGCUGUCGGCAGCGCUGACGUACCUUGCUCCCUCCGCAUCCAACGAGUCAGCGGCUGCUGCGCUGCUACCGCGCGUUCUCAGCGACUUGGACGCAGCACUGGAGGGCGUGGUGAUGGCGUCGGGCGGGCCUUUGGCCUUCGGCCCUGUUUACCGGAGGGCACUCAACCGGGCAUCGCCGACGGACGGCGGCAGCAGCGGCGACAACACGGCCGGAUCCGGAGGCGCAGCAGCUUCCGGUGGAGGUGGUUCAUCGCAGGUUGCACGGCAAACAACGUUGGCCUUAGCAGUGGCCGUACCCAUUGGUUGCGCGCUGGUGCUGCUUUCGGUGGCCGCGCCGCUGGUGUUGUGGUGGCGGCGGCGGCAGACGCGCGGCCCUGGCCGGCGCGGCGCCAAGGGUGCAGCGCCUGGUGCUGAUCCCGAGACAACCCUCGUCAUCACUGACAUAAGCCAACAUGCGCGUGAUUGCAUUGACGCAUUGCACUCCCCGCCCUCCCUGCACCCCUACUCCAUGUUCCCAACGUCCGCUCGCGCAUCGGGAAUUCGGGAUGUAUGCGUCCUGCUGUCCUGCAGUGAGGGCUCGACGGAGCUGUGGGAGCGCUUCCCCGCCGAGUUGGUUGACACAGCCCUGCGCACCCACCACGCGACGCUACGGAGCAAGUUGGUGCCUUAUGAUGGAUACGAGAGCAGCACUGAGGGCGACUCAUUCAUCCUGAGCUUCUACUCGUGUGCCGAGGCGGUGGCGUUCUGCCUGGACGCGCAGCAGGCACUCCUGGACGCGCCGUGGCCCGCUGAGUUACUGCGAGACGAGCCCGUGCCAGCAGGGGCAGCAGCGGCAGCCGCAGCAGAGGCCGCAGCAGCGGCAGCAGCUGCUGCAGCCGCUGAAGCUGUCGGCCUGGCGAUGGCCCUGCAGACGCCCAUUCCAAGCAGCUCGCACUGGGCCAACCCCGCCCGCACAGUCCUAAUGGUGCACAGCCCGGCAGCAGCGGCGGCAGGCGGUGUCGGCUCCGGCGGCGGUGUCGGCGUCGGCAGCAGCGGCGGGCGCCUCGGGCGCGCACUCGCCGCUCUGCCCAGCAGGAAGCAAAAGCAGCAGCCGCAGCAGUCAUCUAUUGCUGGCAACACCGCGUCAGCGGUACCGACAGGACCGCGGCGCUUCAACGUGCCACCGUUGAGCAGCGCAUUGCCGCUGUCAAUCAGCUCCCGGCGAUUGCCGCAACAGCCGUUGCCAUCACCGCUACGGCAGCAGCUCCAGCAGCAGCAACACCCGCCGCCACCUCCGGACGGGUCUGCGUAUCAGACGUUGCUACAGUCUCCGGAUCGCACAUCACCGCGCAGCAUGCACACGGCACCGCUGAGCGCGGCGGGCGCGCAGCUGGCUGCUGCUGUGGCGUUUGGCACCUCACCGGCAGCAGCAACGCCGGUUUGGGCCGCAAACGGCGCACAACGCCCGCCAGCGCACACGGCUGCCUCGCACGUGCACAGCGGAGGGAGUGGCGGGCGGCUUGCCGGCAGCGGUGUCUCCUCGGCAUUGCCGCUGCUGCUUUCCGCAGCUGGAGGGGGCGACGGGACGACCCCGCCGGACAUGGGCGUGUAUGGCUCACCCCCGGAUCCCGCUCCCUCUGGAUUGACUGGGAGCCUAGACAUUGAAGCAUUCUCGCGAUUGCGCGAGGCCGGCAACGAUGCUCUGCAGCAACUUUGGGAGGGCGGAAGCACCACGCAGCAUAAGCAGAUCCAGAAGCAACAACAGCACGCUGGUGGCGGCUCGUCAGAGAUCCUCAGUGGCCCGACCAAAUGGCAGCGCCUCAGUCAGGACCGGGCAACACCGGGCGAGCGGGGUUCCCGCCCGUCCACACACAGGCUGUCUGUAUCCACAGCACCAUCCAGCGCUCCUUCCACAGCUUCGGGCAUCUCCAUUACCAUCGGUCAGCACGCCAUUGCCAGCGCACGAAGCAGGCUGCUGAGUUCAAGAGCAAGUGCCACUGGCAUCCUUGCGUCCGACCAACGGCAGCAGCAGCAGCAGCCCGCAUACCUGCAGCCCAUCCGCCGCGCGACGGUUGCGGGUGCAUCGACAGCUGCAGGUGCCACAGCAGUUUCGCCGGCAGCAGCUGCUGAUACCGCAGGGACCGCCCAUGGCGCGUUCUGCCGGGUCAGCAGCAACAGCAGCGGCUCGCUGCUGCUGCCGUGUCCGCCAUCUGUGGCCGACCAGCAGCCGCAGCAGCAGCUGCUUUCGACGUCACGGCAGGCGCUUGAGGCUUACGGUAGCCAGGGAGGGGCGAGCGGCGGCGGCGAGCAGCGGAGCAUGCCGCUGCUGCAACCGCUGCUGGAGGUCCUGGAGGAGGCAUGGAUGCAUGUCGCCGGCGUUGUUACCGGGGGAGAUGCUGGGGACGACGCUGCGUCGCAGGCUGCCAUGGCGGAGCACAUGGCGCUCGUCUCGGCAGCACACCCGGCCCGUGCCGCGCCGACUGUCACUGCUGCUGCUGCAGCCGCUGCAUCGGGACCCCACCAUCUGCUUGCAGUUCCAGGGCGCGGCAGCAGCAGCAGCCGUGGCGGCGCGCCCCCACGUCAGCAGCACCUGCUGCUGGCAACCGACGGCAGCAGUGGACCGCCCACGCCGGUGCUGAUGCGGCCGGUGACGGCUGCGGUGCUGCAAAGAGAAGCACCGCCGCCGCAGACGUAUCUGCAGAGCUCACCGUCGCCAUCGCCAUCGCCGUCGCCGUCGCCAUGCACUUCGGCUCACUUCUGCGGACCUGCCAGUCCGCGAUCGCGCUUCAGCACGCACUCGGACGGGCCCUCCGCCCGCGGCGCCCAAGGGGUGGCUUCUCGCGUUGCGGCCGCUCCUCCUGACGUGGCAGUGCACGGCCGCGGCGGCGCACCCAGGUUUGAAUUCUCAGCGGUGCUGCAGGAGACGGCGUCAAGCGGCAGCACCAGCGGCUGUGAUGCGCCUGCCGUGCCCGUCGGCUCGCCGGCAUGGACAUCGCUGGCGAACCCAGUUAGGGAUAAGCGCCAGCGCGACCUCAGAAACGCGCCAGUGGCGGGCAUCAGCGAUGGUGCCCCGAUGCAAAGCAGCGCGGUUUCAGCACCGGAGGGUGCUGCUGCUGUUGCUACAAGUGGCGAUAGCGGCUGCGAUGGCGCAAGCGAAAUGCCUGCGGGUGCAGCGGUGGCGGUGGUGGCGGUGGCAGCAACAGCGGCGCGUGGCAGCAGUGUCCACGGCAGCAGCAACUCGCAGAGCCGCGUGCUCCGCAGCAGCAGCAGGCCACAUUCCUGUGCACUCAGCACAGCCCUGCUGGGCUCGCCGAACAUCAGAGCAGCAGCUCAGGCCGGUAGCAGGGCAGGCCGGGCAGAGGGCGAGGGCGAGCGGGAGCACUCGUGCCAGUCCGUCACGCAGCUGCCGCGGGCAGCGUUUUUCAACAGCGGUGCGCCCGUAUCGCCGUUCUUGUUGGCAACGGCCAACUCAGCGGCGGCGGCUGUGGUGACGAGCGGCAUUGCUGUGGGUCCGGGCCUGGGCAACCGGUCCUGCCUCACGCUGGGAGAGGUGCUGAGCGCGCAGUGGCGGGGUGUGGCGGCACCUGCUGAAGCUGUUGCUGGGGCCAGCAUUACGUUGGAUGGAGCUGUUGAGCCGGAGGCCUUGGGCGCGGUGGCUGCCCGAGCGGGCAGUGCCGGCGGUGCUGCCGCCGCCACCGCCGUCGCCGUCUCACAACAGCUGUCCGAACUUGGCGGCGGCAGCAAGCGGCCGAGUGACAGCGGUGCAGCUUGCGUCUUCAGCGGUCUCGCGGGUACGGCUUCCCCUACAGGUGCUGGAACCGCGAGCGACGCGGGCAGCAACGUACGCUGUAGCGACAGCGGCACCGUAUGCACUGCCAGCACCAUCGCCCCCAUCCCCAUGUCUACCAGCCCGAUCCCGCCAUCCGGCACCUGGCACAGCAGUGCGGCGGCCAGCAGCGUCAACAGCGCCAAGCCCGCGCCGGCCAGCCCGGACCCGGCACGCGGUGGGCGAACCUUUCGGCUGCAGUCGGCCCUUGGGGCGCCCAUGGCGGUCACCACAGCUGCGGCGGCGGCAGCUGGCGAUGAUCUCACACACAACCCUGGCUUCAGCAGAUUGCCGCUUUCAAAGCCUCUGCCAGCGCUUCUGUCCAUGGCGGCGGUUGGCCCUACGCCGGCUUCCGGUUCCUUGCGCAGAAGCAUCGUUGCAGCCCCCGCGGCUACCAUGGCUGCUACAGCUGCCGCUGCCGCCGCCGCUGCCGCCGCCGCUGCCGCCGCCGCUGCCGCCGCUGCCCCGCGUGUUGUAUUUCGCGGCCUGCGCGUGCGUAUGGCUGUGCACACAGGCGGCCUGUCGGCCUCGGACGUGAUCCGCAACGCCGCAAGUGGACGUUACCAGUAUGGUGGUGCCGCUCUGCGGCUGGCGAGGGCUGUGGGCGACGUGACAGCAGGCGGCAUGGUCCUGCUAAGCCAGGCCGCACACGCCGCACUUGCUGGAGACCGCAAGGCGAGCGAGCGUGGCGCGGCCCUGGCCCGAGCCUGCAGCGCGGCGGGCGGGCCGCUCCUGCUGCUGUGGAUGGGGCGCUAUCGGCUUCACGACUAUGAGAGCCCCGCCGCCGCGGCGGCCGGUGCGCCGGCGCAGCUUCAGCAAGUCGCCUCAGCGGCGGCAUCAGCAGCAGCAGCAGCAGCAGCAGCAUUGCUGACGACCAGCACGUCGCAGCCACAGUACCCGGCGUCGCCGCCCCUUUCUCCAUCGAUGUGGCAGCAGCAGUCACAGCAGCGACAGGAUCAGGAGCAGGACCAACAUUUGUUCCAGGUGAUAUCGCGGCGCCUGGCGGGACGCCUGGUUCUGCAACUGCAGGCUUCUUCUUUGGAGCAGCAGCAGCAACAGCAGCGUCAGCGCCAGCUGUACCACGGAACCACUGCGCCGCCGCCAGUGCUGCCGCUUUCGGUGGCGUUGCGGAAGGCCUCGCUGUGCUGGCCGCUGGCGGGUGUGCUGGCGGCGCCGGUGUCCGGCUGUGGCUGCUUGGCUCGGCUGAGUGUGGUGGGCGUGUCCACGCUAUUGGCGUGGAACCACGGCGUCACGUCCGCGGCGCUGGAGGUGCUGCAUGAAGAGCUACUGACCGGGCUGACAUGGGUUAAGCUGGAGCUGGAGGCAGCCGCGGAAGCCGAGGCCGAGGCGGCUGCGGCGGCAGCGCUGCUGCCGGCUGUGUCGGGCGGGGCGGCGUGCGGCGUCGUGGCCGGCGAGGCUGCCGGCCGGGCUGCACGAGCCCGGCUGGGGGCCUUGUAUGUGCUUGAGGGCGCGACGGCUGUGGGGUUCGCAGGAGGCCAGGCCAGCGGAGGCGGUGGGGAGCUCACGCGCGCGUCACGUGCGGGCAGCGACGUCGUGACAUCUCGCUCCCAGUCAAGGCGCACCCUGGCAGACGACUCAGGGCCGGAGGAGUAUGCGCACCAGCAGGCGCCGCGGGACUCACGCCCACAGACUCUACAGCCGCAGGAUCCACAGCAGCACGGACUGCAAGACACAGCCAGCGCCUCGGCUACGCCUUCUGCCGAGCAUGCGUACGUGAGGCGACGGGCGCAGCCCUCGCCGCGCCCCGCACUCAGGGCUAACGUCCGUGGCGGCGGCGGCGGCGGCGGCGGUGACGCGCGCCAAGGCGUCGCAGCCUCGUUCUCAUCCGGAUCCACAAAGCAGCCCUUGUCAGUGCUCGACAGCUUGCGCUGGCGGCUGGGUAGCCUGCGCCGCAGGCAGGCGGGCGGCGGUGCUGGCGGCGGCGGCGGCGGCGGCUCCUCUGCUGCGUACUCAGGCGGUGGAGGCAGCGCGGUCGUGGGCGCGCCGGGUGUCAUGACGGUCGUGAUGGACGCGCGGGCGCUGCCCCUGGCGGCGGAGUGGCUGACCAAGACGCUGGCACUGCGCCUGCCGGACCUAGACUGGCCUGAGGAAUUGCUGGAGCACCCGCUGGCGGAGGAGGUCGUGUUUGAGCCCCCCGCCGCUGCCGUCGCCGCAGCAGCUACAGCAGCAUCCGGGGGCGGCGGCGGCAGUGGCAUGUGCUUGGGCGGCUUGCGCUUCCGCGGCCUGCGCGCUAGCGCCGCGGUGGUGGUGGGAGACCUGGGCGGUGUGCUGGUGGGCGGGCAGCUGAGCGGGCAGCUGCAGUACUCGGGCCGCGGCAUGACGGCCCUGAAGAAGGUGGCGGCGGCCGCCAAGGCCGGCCAGGUGGCAACCAACCCCGAGACAGCCACGCUGCUGCCUCGGGAGCUGUCGGCGCACCUGUGCGUGAAACGGCUCGGCGUGGAGAAGCUCCGGCGGGCUGCCACAGCCGCCGCGGCGGCCCACUAGAGUGCAUGAGAAGGCACAAAUCUCGGGAGCAAUCUUCUGAGGGGCAGUGAUGUAUGAGCCGAGCUGCACAGGGGUUGCUGUAGGAAGAUUCUAAUAAGGCAUGGCAUUGUUUAUUAGCAGGCAUGGCGAGCAGGCAUGUAAGGCAUGGCUGCAGACGUAAUAGGGCGGGGCGCGUGUGCUGCGGCGGUAUUGCGAUCAACGAAAACCCAGAAGAACGUACGGGUGCGAAUGAUCUACAAUGCUUAGGAUGGGUGGGUGCGCGGCAGCACAGACUGCUUGUGGGGAUUCACGUGACAAGCAGACGGCAAGGCGUUGCAAAAAGCAUGAAGCUUACUCGAAGAGGCGGGUCGAUGAAUGCGUGUGGCGUGCGUAAGGCGUGCGGUGGCUGAUGCAUGUGGCACAUGGAACAUGCUGCGCUGUCUGCUGUUCUGCGCACGCAAUGGGCAAUUAUUGUAGUACGGUAAUCACACGAUCAUAAAACGGGGCGCCGGUUUGGAGGCACCUCUGGAGCUUGCCUAGGACUGCCAAAACGGAGCGCCGCUAGCACGUUAGCUGCCGUCUGCACCGUUUCGUAUGUUGAGUGGGGUUGGCGACUGCGAUAGGCGCCUUAAAGGUGGAAUGGUGUGUCAUGCGUGCGUGCCCGAUUGCAUGUAUGGUGGGGGUUGUUGGGGUUGUGAUUGUGACGAGCGGCGGCGGCAGACGCGCGGCCAUGGCCGGCGCGGCGCCAAGCAAGCACUUGAUGGACAGGCUCUUGUUGCUUGGGCACGCUGCAUAGUUUUGGACUCUUUACUACAUUCGGGCUGUUGGUAUGGUGGUAUGGAUCUCUGAAUCGUCCGGGUUCAGCCUCCAAAUGUGGGCUUGGCCUCGAGCAGGUGUGGCUGGCUUGCUGGAGAUGUGACCUGCAUACGGGGGUGCGAUCCUCCCAUCGAACAGAGUUGUGUGUGGGGGGGGUGUCAGGUAUGCACUUCAUGAGCAGUGUGAAGUUGGGGGGUGUCGUUGUCGUUGUCGGUGCACGUGUGUCGGCAGCGGUCUGGGCAGCGGUGCGAGCUCCUGGGCUGAACCGCUUCCCUGCUGCAUCUUGUCAUUUCGAGUCACGUUUGCGUGUUGUCACAUCAGGUGCGCACGACCGCUGCGCCGCAACAGCAUAUCGCGGCAGCCAAGAUUCCCUUCCCUUCCCUUCCAUUCCCUU